AAUAACAGCUGAGAAGAGACAGCCAGUGGAGACUCGGACGGGGUGUGAAGGUGGGGAAUGGAAGGCAAGUCUUCUGGAAGAAAGUGACAUUUAAAGCAAGACUUGGUGGAUCACUUUUCCAGAGCCAGAUUACCGGGCUGACCUCAGGUAAACACUCCAGACUCUUCCAGGCAGCUCCAAGAGCGCAGACACCGCAGACAGACGACGAAAGAUCCCAGAGCCGCCUGCAGCCAUGUUGGCUCUUAGCCUUGUGGUUCUGGGCCUGUUCACUGCAGUGCCAUCUGUGAGCUGUCAGCAAGGUCUAGGGAACCUCCAGCCCUGGAUGCAGGGGGUCAUUGCUGUGGCUGUGUUUUUGGUCCUUGUUGCAAUUGUCUUCGCUGUUAACCACUUCUGGUGCCAGGAUGAGCCGGAGCUCGGGAACGUGGUCAUGACUGUUGGAAACAAGGCAGAUGGAGUCCUGGUGGGAAUGGACGGAAAGUACUCCUCAAUGGCCUCCAGCUUCAGGUCCAGUGAGCACGAGAAUGCCUACGAGAAUGUCCUGGAGGAGGAGGGCAAGGUCCGCAGCACACCCAUGUGACUUAGUUGGCUUAUGACCCUCAGCUGGGGCCUCUCAGGUGCCAGUGGUGACGCUCACCACCUUUCAGCCCCUUCUCUGCAGGAAUCUGCAAUAACAGAUCGACUCCCUCAGCCUUCACCUGACUUACGGGCAUUUGGGGCUACAGCCAGGCUGGGGCUCUGGAGCCUCCCUGGGGGUCUCUUUUCCAAUAUGGAAGAGGCCAGCCAGCUCAAUACUUUCCACCCCACCUCCUAUCUUCCCCACAUCUGUGGACAUGGCCCUUAUUUCUGUGAAAUAAAGACCUUUUGUACUUCCA